AGAAAACACGUGACUCAUUAUACCUCAGACCUUAUGUAAACCACAUUAAAAGGAGACCUCAUAGCACACAAUGGCAAAUUGUGAAUGCACGGAUGGAUCAAAGGUGUUUUUUUUGUGUGUGUUUGUGUGUGUGUGUGUGUGUGUAACCACAGCAACACGUGCAGAAUGCAUUUAUGAAAAUACACUUCUGGCACCUUAUUUUCUGUCAUAAUCUCAGUGCUCCCUCACAUUCCACAUCAUUUCAAGCCGACUGCUGUUAAGGUAUGAAAUCUUUAAGCCAAAUCCCCAUUUUGGGGCUGUAAUUCUACAUCUGCCCCUGGUUUAUUCCAUUGAUGUCCUGUCUGUAUCAAUUCCCACUGCAUGUCUGUUGGCCGACUUAUUCAGCGGCCGCUACUUGAUGUGCUCUUGUUGUGCGUAUAAAAAAAAAAAGCCAAAUCCGUGCGGAGAUGACAGAGGGUGUAAUCGCUAGCUAUGUGAUUCAACAAUACGACCCUUAGAAGCCUUUCAGAGUGGGGCCUGUCCUUGACCCUUAAGGAGCUUGUAAUGUGGGCUUUUUUCCCACUCUUUGUAUUUACCGGCAGAAAUGAGGAGGGGGCACGGGGGAGGAGGGAGGACCAACCACCGAGUGAGGGCUUUUGCCCCUUCGUGCCAGCGGCAGUCACACUGGGGGAGCUUUACAUGCGCUCACACAUCCAGAAACCCACACAUGGGUCUCCUGGCGUGCGCUCAUUUCAUUUGGAAGGAAGGGUGAAGAUUGGAGGGUGAGGCAGAGGGAGGGGGACGGGGAGCACAGAAACAAGAGCCUCCCCACCUUCCCAAACCUCAGCAUGGGGUUUGGGGGGGGGGGGUCAAUCUUAAAGGCUGCUCUGUUACUCCAUGGGAGGACGGGGUGGGUAGGGGGAGGCUCAAUCUGAGGUCCUGCUGGCCAGCGCAGGGAGCUCCACGUUACCCAGCUAUCCAUGACAACCAGAGAGAGAGACAGACAGGAGAGGGGAAAGUCAGAGAGACAGCGAGGGAACAUGGAAAAGCUCAGCUGCGGUCAGAGAGCGCUCGGCUGGAGCAGAGAGUGAAGAACAAAGCACCCAGUGAUUUUCAUUUUUCCCCUCUUUGUCUGCUUUACAUUGUCCACAAACGUGUCCCUCUUUUCUUCACUGGAAAUAAAAGGAGCUUUAAAGAAGGCACACAAAACACACACACACACAUGCAUGUACAAAAGCACACACUGUAGCUAAUUGAAUUUCUUCUGUACACAGUAAAGCAAAUGAUUCACUUCCAUUGUGAGAGUCUUCUUGGUGGCGCGCAGACAUCCAUACGCGCAGCACAGAAAAGGGCAACAGAGGACACGCGGGGAUGUUUUUAAGGAAACAGCUCAGCAGACGUUUCCAUUAAAUCGCUGCCACCAAAAAAGGGCCCACGCUCACGUCCGGAUAGGGCAGCAGACAUUUCCUGUGGCCUCCAUCUAAAGUGCGGAAAAUGUACAUUAUGCACGGGUAGGUUCUGCUCAGCCUAAGUGAAUAGGCUUACGCCAAUCCUGUCAGAAACUGUAGUGGAGGGACUAAUCCGUCACAAAUAUGCACAAUGAUAAACCUCCAAAAAAAAAAAAAUAAAUAAAUAAAUAAAUGCGGGCAUGCAGAAUUGAAGAAUGGCAGAAAAUGCAAAACGAUGCACAAAAUCGUGUGAAGAAAUUUUACGGAGGAAACAGUUGUUCUGGUCGUGUUUCCUGGAAGCUUGUGCAGCGUUGUCUUACGGUCUUAAAUUAAAUUUAUUACUCUGCAAAACAUCAAAUUUGAACUCAUACCUGUCAAUAAAGAGAACUGACAUUAAGGUCCUACUGACUGACUCUUCUAUGAGGAUGGGUAUGCACAUCUGAAAUGUGUUUAUCUGAAGUACAGAAUUAUUUUUUCUCUCUCUCUUUUUUAGCGAUUUUACACUGAUUUAAGCCGGCGCUGCUACAAUGUCACAUUUGGACUCAGUUAGAUGAGAUCAGUUAAAACGAAUGCUUUAGAGGGAGGUUUUGCAACAUUUUCCUGACCGCAGCUUGUGACCAAGAAGAAUUUGCAACAACAUGGGCAUGACGGCACCACGUUGUCAUCCAGCAGCUGCUCAAACGUUGGACGCAUUUCCACCGAGGGGGGCUAAGGAAAUGAAAGCUGGAAAACUAACCCAAACCAACUAACCAAAGAGAAUAUUUACCGCUUAUUUGUCAGCACAUUUAAAAACUUCACAACCUCUUCCAUGCCUCACUUCAAUCCAACUCCACAUUUUCCCUCUGUCUCCUUCCCCUGUAUUCUCAGGGUCCCCGUUGCAGUUGUGCCGCUUGGCCACAGCUGGGCGCUGUUGCCUAAGUCUCCCCCUGCCUCCCCUCUCUCUCUCCGUCUCCCUCUCUCUCCCUCCGUCAGCCCAGCCUGCCUCUCUCCUGCCUCUCUGCCUCAGCCAACCCGGGCUGUGCCGAGCUGCUCCCUGCGGGAUCAGAGCGCUCCCCCGCCGGGACCCUUCUCUCACAUCCCCCUGCUGGGACGCGGCUACAUUUCCAGCCAAGCACUGCCUGCCUUGGCUUUAUUAUGUGUGUCUGCGCCGCAGCCCCGCCAGCAGAGGCAGGCAGAGGAGGAGGAGGGAGACUGGUAGCCAGAGUCAGGACAAAGAAAAAGCAGGGAGACAGAGGCUAGCGAAGGGUUAGACUAGUAGAAAUAUUAGGCUGCUAUUAAUACCGCCGGUAGGACAUUGGGAAAUAUUAACAAAAAACGAAAGCGUGGGUAGUAAAAGCAGCAUUCCCCUCGGGGUGGAGAUGCAGGGGGAGAGCGCAAUGUCCAUGCCACCAGACCACCACUGCCUAGUGUAGAAUAGCGGGACGGAACACAGGAGGCAGGUCGGUUCGGUCGGUUCCUGGAGGGAAAAGAAAAACAAAACAGACUAAAAUAGUUUCGAUAAACUAAAAAAUAAAAAAAAGAGAGAAAGCUCCGGUGGAGACGAGAGAAGCGCAGAGGGAAGAGAAGCCGCCGCGGGUUCGUUUUGAAAGCAGUUCCCCUAAAACACUGUCGUCGCCUCCUGCUCACCUGGACCGUCACGUACCGCUGUGGCACCGCCACCACCGCCACCGCCACCACCGCCACCGCCACCACCACCUCCUCGCGCUCGGACGGCGCCGCUGCCGUCACUUUUCCACAACACGGCGCGAGACCUGCUCAGGUGUUCGCCGCGCGCGUGGGUGGCAGCUCGCGCUCCGGUCUGCUAGUGCUGGAAGAAGUCGAACGGGAGAAGGCGAGAAACGCGUGCUGGAGGGGAGGAAAGAAGGGAGCAGAAGCAAAAAAAUAAGCGUCGUCGUCGGCGCCGCGGAGGAGCGAGGGGGCCACCGACGGGAAGUUGCUCCCCGUUUAUUCUACAGGUUGCGCGUGCGCCCCCAGCGAAGACGACGCACCAGAGGAGCCGCGCGUCGCUUCCGAGCCGCGUCGCCUCGCUCCCGGUGUGUUUGCUUGUUGUCGCUGGACUCAACGGCCGCUUCUCACUCACAGAGACUGAAGCUGCCGCAUUGCAACAGGCGAAGAAGCAGCAGAGAAGUAGUGGAGGAGGAGGAAAGACAACCCGACUGCGUCCGCCUGUAUGGUUAGCUGAAAACACGGAACGGAACAAAAAAGAAACAAUUCAAGAAUAACAGUUAAUAAUAAAAAAAAAAGAAUAAGAAGAAGCAGAGCAGAAAUGUCGAGACGAAAACAGGCCAAACCGAGAUCCGUUAAAGCGGUAGAAGAAGGAGAGUCCUCAGAGUGCGGAGGGACCUGGGAAGAGUCAACUGUCCAGACAGAAGUCCCAGCGUCUGACAGAGACGCAGAGCCCAAAGACGGCCAUGGGGCUGGAGCUGAAGAUGGUGAUCAGGAGGAGCAUGAAGACCGUGACGACAGAGAUCACGAUGAUGACCUAGACGACGAGUCCAUCUUCACUUGUGACAACUGUCAGCAGGACUUUGACUGUCUGGCGGAGCUCACGGAGCACAGAACCAACCACUGCCCUGCUGAUGGUGAGGAUGACCCAGCAGGGCUAUCCUGGGUGCCUUCCUCGCCCUCCAGUAAAGACGUGGCGUCGCCUUCGCAGAUGCCCGACGGUUGCUGUGACCUUGGCAUGGCCACUGGUGGCGAAGAGGAAGGAGGCGCAGGCCUGCCGUACCCCUGCCAGUUCUGCGACAAGUCCUUCAGCCGCCUCAGCUACCUGAAGCGUCAUGAGCAGAUCCACAGUGACAAGCUGCCUUUCAAGUGCACCUUCUGCAGCCGUCUCUUUAAACACAAGAGGAGCCGAGACCGCCAUGUUAAACUCCACACAGGAGAUAAGAAGUAUAGUUGUCAGGAGUGUGAAGCUGCAUUCUCUCGCUCUGAUCACCUGAAGAUUCAUCUCAAGACGCACAGCUCCAGCAAACCAUUUAAGUGCAGUGUGUGUAAGCGUGGCUUCUCCUCCACCUCCUCGCUGCAGAGCCACAUGCAGGCUCACCGUAAGAACAGAGAACAUCUUGCACUGAGGAGCGAGCGAGAUGGUGUAAAGAAGGCAGCAGGAGGAGAGGGUGACCUGGAGCAGGACCUCUAUAUGUGCGAUUACUGCGAGGAGACGUUCAGCCAGACCGACGAGUUAGAGAAACACGUCCUGACCAGACACCCCCAGCUGUCUGACCGAGCAGACUUGCAAUGCAUCCACUGUCCUGAAAUAUUUCUAGAUGAGGCUUCUCUCCUCACGCAUAUUGAAACACAGCACGCCAAUCGCAAACACAAAUGUCCCGUCUGCUCAGAACAGUUCCCCUCUGUAGAGGAUGUCUACUGCCACCUUGACAGCCAUCGUCAGCCGGACUCCUCUAACCACAGCGCUGCCAGUCCCGACCCGCCACUCGGCAGCGUGGCCUCAAUGAGCUCAGCUACUCCAGACUCUAGUGCCAGUCUGGAGAGAGGCUCGACACCUGACUCCACACUAAAGCACAGCCAGGGUAUUGAACGAGGUCGCAGAAGAGGCCCUGAAUCUGCGGAGGACAUGGGGAUAAGCCUCAGUCAUCAAGGAGGAGGUGGGGGAGCACACUGGGGUAAAUUGACGUACUCCUGCCCUUACUGCUCGAAGAGAGACUUCCAUAGUCUGGCUGUGCUGGAGAUCCAUUUGAAGACCAUUCAUGCAGAUAAGCCACAACAGAGCCACACGUGUCAGCUCUGCUUGGAAACUCUGCCGACACUGUACAACCUCAAUGAACAUGUUCGCAAAGCUCACCGUGGCAGUGGUGGAAACGUUAGCGCAGCGGCCGCAGCAUUUCCCUUGCUGCAGUUCACUAACGUCACAGCAUUCCACUGCAACUACUGUCCAGAUAUGUUCGGGGACAUCAACUCUCUGCAAGAACACAUCAGAGUGUCCCACUGCCUGCCUGGUAGCAUCAUGGCAGGAUCCACCACAUUAGAGGGGAACCAUGCGUUCUUCUGCAACCAGUGCUCAAUGGGAUUCCUGACAGAGUCUUCAUUGACAGAACACAUUCAACAGACACACUGCACAUCUGCUACAGGCGGCGGAUCUGCAUCAGGAGGAGCGGUGGCCAAACUGGAGUCUCCUGUACUACAGGCUGCAUCUCAGUCCUUCAUGGAGGUUUACUCCUGCCCUUACUGCACCAACUCUCCUAUCUUCGGCUCACUCCUCAAGCUCACCAAGCACAUAAAGGAGAACCACAAGAACAUCCCCCUGGCUAACAACAAACGGCAGGCGAAGGUUGCCGACCUCAGCCCUGCCUCCUCCGACGUAGAGAUCUCUUCUCCGAAACGCCACAGACUGGGAGGGGACUCUACUCCGUCCAUUGGCAGCAAUGGGGAUUAUCCAUGCAACCAGUGUGACAUGCGAUUUGCUAGCUUUGAGGGUUUCCAGACACACCUUAAAUCACACCUGGAGAUGCUGUUGAGGCGCCAGUCCUGUCCCCAGUGCAACAAGGAGGACUUUGAAUCCCAGGACGCAUUACUUCAACACCUGACAGUCCACUACACCACCACGUCCACCCAGUAUGUGUGUGAGAGCUGCGAUAAACAGUUUUCCUCAGUGGACGACCUGCAGAAACACCUCCUGGACAUGCACACAUUUGUCCUGUACCACUGCACUCUCUGUCAGGAGGUGUUUGACUCCAAGGUGUCCAUACAGGUGCAUUUGGCAGUGAAGCACAGCAAUGAGAAAAAGCUGUUUCGCUGCACAGCCUGUGCCUGGGACUUCAGGAAGGAGGCAGAUCUUCAGCUUCACGUUAAACAUAACCACCUGGGUCAAAGGUCAGGCCUCCCCGGGGGUCUCGGUGCAGGGCUCAAGCCACGGAAGUGCAUCUUCUGUGGGGAGACGUUCGGGACAGAAGUGGAGCUCCAGUGUCACAUCACCACGCACAGCAAGAAGUUCACGUGCCGCUUCUGUGGCAAAUCUUUCCACGCCAUCUCCCUGCUGGAAAGACACCUGCGAGAAAAGCACUGCAUCUUCGAUGGUGGCAACAUCACCGGCAAUGGGGGCGGCACAGGGAGCAGUGGGAGUCAGAACGGAACACCCAAUGGGCUGGCGCAGUCCUCCAAACGAGGAGGAGGAAGCGGCAAUGGAGGCGCUGGAGGAGCUGAAAGAGCAACGGUUGCGGCCGCGGAACAAGCCGACCUGCAGAACAUGUUGCUCAAGGGCGGAGUAGCGGGAGGAGGAUCGGGCCACGGUGGAGAUACAGUCAACAGCCACGAGGCAAGCGGAGGCGAGGAGGAGCUAGACAAUUCAGAGCCCAUGUACGCUUGUGAUAUCUGUGGAGCGGCAUACACCAUGGAGUCCCUUCUGCAGAACCACCGGCUGCGUGACCACAACAUUCGGCCAGGAGAAGAUGAUGCAGGUUCUCGAAAGAAAAAAGCAGACUUCAUUAAAGGGAACCACAAGUGCAACGUGUGCUCCAGAACAUUCUUCUCUGAGAGUGGGCUCCGUGAGCACGCUCAGACGCACCGAGGCCCCGCCAAACAUUACAUGUGUCCAAUAUGUGGCGAGCGGUUCCCCUCCCUGCUAACGCUCACCGAGCACAAGGUGACCCACAGUAAAAGUCUGGACACAGGAACCUGUCGAAUCUGUAAGAUGCCCCUGCAGAGUGAGGAGGAGUUUAUAGAGCAUUGCCAGAUGCACCCUGACCUCCGCAACUCCCUCACCGGCUUCAGAUGUGUUGUUUGCAUGCAGACUGUCACAUCCACCCUGGAGCUGAAGAUCCACGGCACCUUCCACAUGCAGAAGCUUUCCACCGGUUCUGCACUUGGAGGAGCCGGAGGAGGAGGAGCGGGAGGAGGAGGAGGAGGAAGCGGGAACGGAGGAGCAGGUGGAGGGAACGGCUCAGCCUCUUCAUCCCCUAAUGGGCAGCUGCCACAGCAUAAGCUGUAUAAAUGCGCGUUCUGCCUAAAAGAGUUCAAGAACAAAGGCGAGCUGGUGAAGCUGGAUGUCAAUGGACUGCCUUACGGCCUUUGCGCUGGUUGCAUGACCAGGGGCACCAAUGGCCAGAGUCCCAACCAGGGAGGAGCUCUCACACCCGGAGACACCCAGGGAGAGAAGGCCUUGGUCGGGCUGAGGUGUCCAGAGUGUGGGGUGAAAUUUGAAAGCCUGGAGGACCUGGAGAGUCACGUCCAGACCGAUCACCCCGAGGUCAGCCCUGAGACCAGUGCAACGGGAAAGAAGGCCGAGGCUUCACCUGCACCUAAGAAAAAGACCUACCAGUGUAUUAAAUGCCAAAUGACGUUUGAGACAGAACGGGAGAUCCAGAUUCACGUCGCAAAUCACAUGAUCGAAGAGCCCACCUGUCGGCAAGAGGAGGGCAUCAAUCACGAGUGCAAGCUGUGUAACCAGAUGUUUGAUUCACCUGCCAAGCUGCUUUGCCACCUGAUAGAGCACAGCUUCGAAGGCAUGGGAGGUACCUUCAAGUGUCCCGUCUGCUUCACAGUGUUCGUGCAGGCCAACAAGCUCCAGCAGCACAUUUUUGCAGUGCAUGGUCAGGAAGACAAGAUCUACGACUGUUCCCAGUGUCCACAGAAGUUCUUUUUUCAGACAGAACUACAGAACCACACACUGAGUCAGCACGCGCAGUGAGACCGAGGCCCGGCAGGAUCUCUCAGCUCAGUCGGGGCCCCCGACCCGGAGCCGGCAGGGGACCCCCAUCUCCACAUCACAGCCAAUCAAAGUGUCAUUUGCUACUCACAUGUAAAACUCUAACGAUCACGCCACUGGGCGCGGCUAUUAGGAGCAGCAGGGGAAAGGAAUAUUAAUGGGAUAUGCUAUUAAAUAAAGAAAGGAAAAAGUGGGUGAGGAAAACGGUAAGAGCUAGAUGAAGGAAAGAGAAGGGUGAACAAAGGUAUUGUACGUGCAGUAUUUUUUAUUGUCCCUGCCAAAAACCCCACCAGCUUCUUCCUCCACCCCGUCGCCUUUCCUCUCCUCCCACCAGUCACUCCCCAGGUCAUGCAUUUAAUUUUUUUAACAAAUAGAAAAUGAAAAAAAGCGAGAAAACACCCUUUGCUUUUGGAUUUUUUUUUUUAAUAGAUUGUAGGAUAACGCUACAUUUUCUUGUCCCCUCCUUUUCUUAUUGUAUUCAACUUCAUAGGUGCCAAUUUUUUUGAUUUUUCUUUUCUCCAUAUGCGCUUAAUUUCUUUAUUUUCAUUUUUGUACCUUUUAUUUCUUGCAGUAAGUAGGUACUUGUGCUGUGUUGUGAUUGUUUGCCAGUCGUAAUAUUCCUUAACCCCCUCCCCAAACUAUCCUUUUUAUGAUUAUUGUUAUAUAUAUUUUUCCUUUUUGUAAUUACUAUGAAAAAAAGACAUCAAAACAAAAUAAAGUGCAGAAAACCAUACAGAUGUUUCUUUUUUUUCUUUUUUUUUGGAUUGGGUUUUCCAGUCUCUAUGGGGCCUAUAAUGGUUAUUGUAAAAAUGAAUAUCAUCGAUUUCAGUGCGUCUGGUCAAUGACUGCUUUUUAAAUGUGAAUUAACCAGAUUGCAAUAAUCUAGUACAGAAAAAAAAAAUAAAACAAAUAAAUAAAUGAUAAAUAAAGAA